AUGGGCUCGGGGUCCUCCGUGCCCAAGAAGCUGGAGUUGGAGGAGGAGGUGGCCGACACCGGCGAAGAUGAGCCCGUGGACGUCGCGGCCGAAAUGGUGUGGGAAGACGAAGACGCAGAGUACCCUCAGUUUCCCAACAAGCUUUUCAAAGGCUUCCUCAGAGGCACGGUCAGCCGGGGGAAGAUGAAAAAAGUGCUCGUGCACUAUGCGAAGCUACAGAAGGAGUACGACAGCGAGAACAAUGUCAUCGAGUGGCGUCAGGCUCUGCCCGAAGUGAAGCAGAUUGUCCGGCCCAGCCAGCCGAUGGACUACACCCGCGCAAGUAGCAUCCUCAAAGACUCCUUCGGCAUGGAUCAUCCCAAGGAGAUCCUCAAGUGCGCUCUUUCUGUUGGAGGCGAGGGCCUCGUCUACGCGGUGUUGCGUUCGCUGCCGGCGGGAAGCUUCGAAAAGCUGGACUGGGACCGCUUCUUCGUUGAGAACGCGAUGCCCUUUUUUGGCGAGGACUAUGAUGCCGCCUGGAAGCUGGCACUGGCAGAUGAGCUCUUACCCAAAUGCAAAGACAGCCUCCUCCAAGCGAUGGAGGAGAAAGAUGAGAACGGCAAUCCACAGAUCCUUUUCGAGUAUGCGGAGAGCGGCUAUCUCUUAGCCACAGCCAAGCUGUUGGAGGUGGCCGAGGGAAAGAAGGAGCUCUACAAGGGCUUUCUGACGGAUGCGGAGGUUGAGAAGAUAAUGUCCUUUGCCAAGGUGUCUGUGGAUCGGAUGGGCCUCCUUGCUCUUCAUCGGGAGCUGGUCGAGGCCAUCUGCAAGGGCGACGCUGCCGGGGUGCAGGCCGUGCUGGACAAGAAGGCAGACCCGAACUUCGACCACCUUGACGGAGACUCCUGCACGGCGUCUCCGCUGGUGUUGGCCACGCGGCAGCCGUGGGAGUCGAGGUGGGGUCGUUGCAUCUUCCCCUUCCAGCGCGACUACGGACUGGAUCCUGAAGUCAACACCGACAAGACCAAGACUCUUGAGGUUCUCAAGGUCCUGAUGUCUGCGCCCGGCAUCGACGUGAACGUUGGCGCCUAUAGCUACGGUUGGCACGGGUCGCACGUACGGAUGACCCCGCUGGGUAUGGCCAUCAUCGGCGAGAUUGACACGGGUUGCAGCCAACACACAGCAUCUGCGGACGCGCACCUCCCGCUUCCCCGCCAAGAGCUCCUCAAGCUGCUGGUGAAAGAUCCCAGGACCGACCUAGAAGAGUCCUACUUCGAGUUCUUUGAAGGUGGUAGCCAGGUGGGCUGCGGUGCGCUCAUGCUCCUGGAGCUUCGGAUGACCGAGGCGAGCGAGGUCGAGAUUGACUACCAAGCGGCAAUGGUGCUGAUGCAGGCCGGGGCGCUAAUGACGAAGGACUGGGUUCAGAAGCUCGAAGGCCUCGAUGCCCACACUGCGAAGGUGAAGGAGGCGAUCGCCGAAAGGGAAGCAGAGGAGGAGAAUGACCGCAAGAAGGCCAAGGAGGAGGCGGCUGCGGAGGCUGAGGAUGCAGAGGCCGCGGAGCCUGAAGAAGAGGCUGCAGCUGCAAGGCCGGCCGAGGAAGAUGAGGACGAGAAUGAGCGAGAGUAUGAGAAGAAAGAGGAUGGGAGCAUUGUUUGGUGCCUUGUCUGA